AUGGUUCUCAAAUGGUUAGUUGCCGUUGGCAUCGUUAUUGCAAUUAUUCCUUUAGGUAUUCAUCAAAUUCCUGAAGGACAUGUUGGAAUAUAUUACAGAGGAGGUGCUCUUCUCACAUCAAUGACUGCACCAGGUUAUCAUGUUAUGGCACCUUUUCUUACAACAGUAAAAGUUGUUCAAACAACUUUACAAACUGAUGAAGUGAAAAACAUACCUUGUGGAACAAGUGGUGGAACAAUGAUUUAUUUUGAUAAAAUUGAAGUUGUUAAUAUUUUAAAUCGUGAUGCUGUUAUUGAUAUUGUACGAAAUUAUACCGUUAAUUAUGAUCGAACAUUAAUAUUUGAUAAAAUUCAUCAUGAAGUUAAUCAAUUUUGUUCAGUACAUUCACUUCAAGAAGUUUAUAUUGAUUUAUUUUCCAGUAUUGAUGAUCAUCUUAAACGUACAAUACAAAAUGAUUUAAAUAUUUUAGCACCUGGACUUUAUAUUAGUUCAGUUCGAGUUACAAAACCAAAAAUUCCCGAAGCUAUUCGUCGAAACUAUGAAACAAUGGAACAAGAAAAAACACAAUAUAUGAUAACAACUGCUCAUCAACAAGUUGUUGAAAAAGAAGCAGAAACCGAUCGUCGUCGUGCAGUUAUUGAAGCUGAAAAAUUAGCACAAGUAGCUAAAAUUCAAUAUGAACAAAAAAUUUCAGGCAAAGAAGCUGAAAAACGUAUUGCUGAAAUUGAAGCUGAAAUGCAUUUAGCUAAAGAACGUUCAUUAGCUGACGCAAAUAAAUAUAAAACUGAUACAGAAGCUGAAUCAAAUAAAAGAAAAUUAACACCAGAAUAUCUUCAAUGGUCAAUGUAUCAAGCAUUAGCACACAAUACAAAAAUUUAUUUUGGUAAUUCAAUUCCAAAUAUAUUUACAACAGACAUAAACAUAGAUGAUCAAUCAAAACAAACAAAAUAA